GCUGGAGCGCCACCACCAACGGAUGAAAGGCUCAAGAUUGGUUGGCGAUGGCACUGACCCUACCAAAAGGUCGGGACACGCCGUUACAGUUCCUGACAAAUAACUCGAUGGCUUCAAGACAGAGUCUCGGGUCCGUCGAGUUGCAACCUCACCGCUUUAAAGCCACAAGCUACAGGCGUGCAAAAUACCAUAUUAAACAACUGCAUGAAAGGAGGCCCACGUCUGGGGGCGGUGUGCAGGGGUGAGGCGGGACACGUGCCAGCCACUCAUCAAAGGCUGGGGACCGAGGCGCACGCCUGGCCUUCUGCGGACCGCGGCUGAGCCUGCAAACAAAUCCGGCGUGCAGCUCCCCUGGAUUCCACAGCACCGGAAACGGCAACGCCCACUGGGGGCGCUGCGGACACACGAGUGGAGGCUGCCUUCCAGGAAGCCAAAAAAAAAAAAAAAAACACAACGGGGGUGGGGGGGGUGAAGAAAGAAAGAGAAAAAGGAGGGAUAGUGAAGAGCCGGGCCCCGGCCGCCGCCCCCACGCCGCGCCCCGCCUCUUCGCCGCCAGGGCCGCCGCCGCUCCCCACGGCCGCUCCCCGGCGGUCCAGCCCUCAGACCCCUCUGCCGACCCGGCGCUGCCCGCCGCCGGGGACCUCAGGGAUCAUGGCCCAGGUGGCGGUGUCUGCCCUGCCCAUGGAGAACGAGGAGGCCUCAGAGAGCAGGAUGGUGGUGACGUUCCUCGUGUCCGCUCUGGAGUCCAUGUGUAAAGAAUUGGCCAAGUCCAAGGCAGAAGUGGCCUGCAUCGCAAUGUAUGAGACAGACGUGUUUGUCGUUGGAACCGAGAAAGGACGCGCUUUUGUCAACGCCAGGACGGAUUUACAGAAGGAUUUCGCAAAAUACUGCAUUGCCGAAGGGGUGCGUGAGGCCAGAUCCCCAUGUCCUGCGAACGGGAUGCAGAUCGAUUCAGGAGAAACAGAAAUACUCAGAAAAGCAGUUGAGGACUAUUUCUGCUUUUGUUACGGCAAAGCCUUGGGGACCACAGCGAUGGUGCCUGUUCCAUAUGAGAAGAUUCUGAGGGACCCAGCGGCCGUGGUUGUGGAGGGGCUUCCAGAAGGAGUGGCCUUUCAGCACCCUGAGAACUAUGGUCUCACCACCCUGAAAUGGAUUUUGGAGAACAAAGCGGGGAUUUCAUUCAUCAUAAACAGACCUUUCCUAGGUCCAGCGAAUCAGCUCGGUGGGUCUUUGGUGGUCACGGAUGCUAAGAGAUCGGUGACGUCACCAAGUGAAAGCUGUGGCCCCAUCAGUGUGAAAACUGAACCCAUGGAAGAUUCAGGCACGGCACUGAGAGCGACGGCGGUGUCAGUCAAGAAGGAGUCAGAAGAUCCUAAUUACUACCCGUAUAAUACGCAAGACAGCCAUCAUCCUUCUGGGAGCAGCGACGUAAUAGACAUGGAAUUAUCCCUGGAAGAUUCCACUCUGCUUGUCCCAUCAGAAGCGUGUGAGGACCCCGAAGCCGAGGUGAAAAUUGAAGGAAGGACAACUGCCUCGGGUAUUACACGUUCCGCGGUGGGUGUUGAAGAUCUUAACAUCGUUCAGGUGACAAUUCCAGAUAAUGAGAAGGACCGAUUAUCCAGCAUUGAAAAGAUAAAACAACUAAGAGAACAAGUCAAUGACCUCUUUAGUCGAAAAUUUGGGGAAGCAAUUGGGGUAGAUUUCCCCGUGAAAGUUCCGUACAGGAAAAUCACGUUCAACCCCGGCUGUGUGGUCAUCGAUGGCAUGCCCCCGGGGGUGGUCUUCAAAGCCCCCGGUUACCUGGAAAUCAGCUCCAUGAGAAGGAUCUUGGACGCUGCGGAAUUUAUCAAGUUCACAGUCAUCAGGAGGUGGGCGGUGGGUCCCUGAAGCCAAGCUUCUGCGCCAAGCCGCCUCCCCCACUGAGUUUACCGUACUCUGCUCCUGGGAGCCGUGUGUCCAUGUCCCUGGUGACGGCGGCGGCCUCCCCCACUGCACCUAGCGUAGUGUUGAUGCUCGCCGAAGCCCGUCAACCAGAACUGACCGGGCAAGAGGGGACGGAUGACCUCUGUUGCAUUCACCGUGUCUCUUUCUCUUCAGACCGCUUCCGGGCCUCGAGCUUAGCAACGGUGAGUAUCCCGGGUGGCGAGCAGGGCGUUCCGGCACCCAGCGUGCGGUGCGACGCGUCUCGGCGGGCACUCCUUGGUUCUUGAGACUUGAGCCUUAGAGCAAAGCGUGGUGCUCUCUAGAUGCAGUUUCUUUUUUCCCCACUGGCGACCAGGUCCUUUAAUUCUGCUGCUCAGCCAGGCAUUUCUUCUCCCGCGAUGGUUUGGUGCGGCUCACUGGUGCGCCCUCAUCCGGGAGCCCUCCAGGGGCUGGUAGGUCGAUGCCGAACUAGCCCAUCCUAGCCGGUAAAUAGGGCCUGCCUGGCCACUACAGCUCCACCCGCCCCGUGAUCCCCCACCCAGAUCUCCCCACAGUUCAGACCCGAAAGGGGUACCGCCUGGCACAGACAGGGGCUCCCAGGGCCCCCUCAACCUGUUCUGACAGAGCAAUGCCCCAGCCACUGUGCGUGGCAAAUAUCUCCCGUGGAGUCCUUGCACGCAACUUAACACCCUGGAGGGUGAGUAAAGCAGGUGGCGAGCUGUUCUCAAGAGUGCGAGUCACGAGGGAGCCUCCUCGUUUACAGUUUGAAAACAAUGAAAACACUCUUGACAAACGCCCGACUGUUAUUCCUAAACUCACCUUGUUGCCAAAUGAAUUUUUUUUUUUUUGGUACGUUUUUGUACCCAGGUUUACGGGGGCAUGGUUUACGUGCCGUAAAACUCGCUCGUGUGGAGUGUGCACACGUCAGUGAUUUUUAGUAAAUUUACAGAGUUGUGCAACCGUCACCACAAUCUAACAUUAGGACAUUCCUGUCACCCCAAAACAUUCCUUCUACCCACGUCCCGUCAUUUCCCGUUCCCGCCCCCAGCCCCAGGCAACCGCCGAAUUGACUUUCUUUCUGUCUCUGCCUUCAUUUUCUUAAAGUGAAUUUUUAGGCCUGUGUUUUCUCCCAAGUAGAGCUCACCUGCAUCGUGGCCAGAUUUCUUUAAAUUUCAAACAAGUAAGUUCUGUGCGGUCCCGUGGCUAUCUAUGACCAUGGUCUUUUGUGACUCACAGCAGGUAAAUCACGCGCCUUCUGUGGCCAUCCAUGUCUCUGUUAUUUCAAAGUUCUCUGGAGACCCAAAUGAAAAAAAUAGGCAUUAAAAUGCAAACAUACUGCCAGAUCCUUCUUGCUUAAACCAGAUGUGGCAAACAGGUCCUUGCUGAACUUUACAAAAGAUGCCUUUCUUUUGGCUCAUGUACCUUUUUUUUUUAACUUUUUUUAAAAGUUUAUUUAUUUAUGAGAGACAGAGAGACAGAGUGUGAGGGGGGAGGGGCAGAGAGAGAGGGAGACACAGAAUCCGAAGCAGGCU